GCACUGGUUAUAAAGUCCACGCAGCCCGCGGGACUCAAACGCCUAGGAUCCCAGAUGGGGGCAAUGGCGCCGCGCACGCUGCUCCUGCUGCUGGCGGCCGCCCUGGCCCUGACCCAGACCCGCGCGGGCUCACACUCGAUGCAGUUAUUCUCCGCUGGCGUGUCUCGGCCGGGCCUCGGAGAGCCCUGGUUCAUCGCUGUCGGCUACGUGGAUGGCACGGAGUUCGUGCGCUUCGACAGCGACGCGGAGAAUCCGAGGAUGGAGCCGCGCGCGCCGUGGGUGGAGCAGGAGGGCCCGGAGUAUUGGGAGAGGAUGACAAAGGACAUCAAGAGCCACGAGCUAGAUUACGGAGUGAACCUGAGGACCCUGCUCGGCUACUACAACCAAAGCGAGGGCGACUCUCACACACUCCAGAGGAUGGUUGCCUGUGACCUGGGAUCGGACGGGAACCUUCUCCGCGGAUAUGACCAAUAUGCCUAUGAUGGCAAAGAUUACAUCACCCUGAAUGAAGACCUGAAAACAUGGACGACGGUGGACAUUCCAGCUAAGAUCACACAGCACAAGUGGGAGCAGGCUGGUGCGGCAGAGCAAAAAAGGGCCUACCUGCAGGGCGAGUGCGUGGAGUGGCUCCGCAGAUACCUGAAGUGGGGGAAGGAGACGCUGCUGCGCACAGGUGAGAGAGGGCGGGCCUCAGGCAACCCCUCCCUCUGCCCUCAGGCUGGAGCUCUGAGGUAGAAGAAACUUUCUGUUGGGGCAAUGGCCUUGUCUCUUCUUGUUUUUAGUUAUCUGUUUUUAAAAGUGACGGAAACACACACACACAUACACACACACACACACACUC